AAAAGAUGCUAUGCGGCCAUUUGAUUGAUUGAACGAGGUCUUAAGAUGAUCUUAAAUAUAACAACGGAUUAUGAAUACGGGCCUAAGUGUCGAUCUUAGAAGAAUAAAUACUAAAUAAAUAAAUGGAAAAAAUAAAAUAAAUGGAAAAAUUGUAAGUUGAUUGACUAUCGCAUCGUUUUUUGCCGCGUAGCAAGUGUUGCCGCGUUAUAGCUGUCACUGUGUUUUGAGUGUAGUUUCUGAAUGCAGCCUAAGAAAUAGAUAGUAAAAUAACCUCUUUUAAUUUGUGAGACACAGUGUUACACAAUGUAUUCUUUGAGCAAAAAUAAAAAUAAUUAUAAAAUAAUGCGUAAAAAAAAAAGAAAAACCAGAGGAUGGAUAAUAUCUAGUAUUUUAAGAAAGUUAUAUGGCUCUUGAAGAAAUUGCUAAAAAUCUGAGGAAUAAUAUACCAAAAAUAUAUUUAAAACAAAUCGACUUAAGUAUCACUUCAAGUUCUAUGGAAAGUAAUGAAGAUAUUGAUGCUAAUUUGUUAAGAAAUAUAGAAAAAAGCAAUCAACCAAAUAUUUCUGAAAUAUCUCUAGAAAAAAGUAAUCAACAAGAUAUUCAACUAAGUAUUUCUGAAAUAUCUCCAGAAAAAAGUAAUCAAGAUAUUCAACUAAGUAUUUCUGAAAUAUCUCCAAAAAAAAGUAAUCAUCAAGAUAUUCAACCAAAUAUUUCUGAAAUAUCUCUAGAAAAAAGUAAUCAACAAGAUAUUCAACUAAGUAUUUCUGAAAUAUCUCCAGAAAAAAGUAAUCAAGAUAUUCAACCAAAUAUUUCUGAAAUAUCUCCAGAAAAAAGUAAUCAUCAAGAUAUUCAACCAAAUAUUUCUGAAAUAUCUCCAGAAAAAAAUAAUCAACAAGGUAUGCGUUUUGAUUCAUGUUUAUAUAAACUUAUUUCUUCAUAAAAAUAACAUGC